UCAAGACUCCUCACCAAUGACGAGAAAACAGUGAUUUACAUUGACCAGACUCUAUCAGCACCAUCAUAAAAGGUUUUCAGGGAAAGGAUUGUCCUGGUCAUCUGAUGGACGACGGGGCAGAGGUGUUUCUUUUCUUUACAGAGUUUUGUUCUUCGUAAAUGAAGUUGUCUCCCGUAGUUUUGUGAGAAUGCAGGAGUCGGUGCUUCUCAAUUUCUUCACCAAAUACUGCGUCGUGCUCGUGUGCCUCUGCGGGGUUCACCUCGUCGUUGCACUGUUUUUUUAUUUAACAGAAUCGCCCAUAAAAUUUACCUAUUACCGGAAAAUUAAAUUAGACCCCGAUAUAUUUAGUUCUCAAUCUCAUAGAACAGCAGCACUUGGCAUCCAUGACAAUGGAACAGAGGCAGAAGUAAACAAACUGCUCUAUGGAGAUGUCAUUAAAGAUGACGUAGAUGAGGAACCACUAGAACCAUGUCCUGAGACCUCACCACUUUUGGUGGGUCCAAUGCGAGUUGACUUUUCAGAGCCUGUUAAUUUGGAUAUGGUGCGUGAAGAAAAUCCACAGCUGGAGAUGGGUGGCAGGUAUAAACCUAGUGAUUGUGUGGCUCUACAAAAAGUGGCAAUAAUCAUCCCAUUCAGAAACAGAGGUGAACAUCUGAAGUACUGGCUCCACUACCUUCACCCCAUCCUAAAGAGGCAACAGCUCGAUUAUGGGAUUUAUGUCAUUCAACAGGAUGGAGAGGGGACAUUCAACAGGGCGAAACUGCUCAAUGUGGGUUACGUAGAGGCACUAAAGGAGUAUGAUUAUGACUGUUUCAUCUUCAGUGAUGUAGACAUCAUCCCCAUGGAUGAUCGCAACACCUACAAGUGCUCCAGCCAGCCGCGCCACCUCUCUGUGUCCAUGGACAAGUUUGGUUUUAGGUUGCCAUAUAAACAGUAUUUUGGGGGUGUAUCAGCAAUGAGUAAAGAGCAGUUUCAAAAGAUCAAUGGCUUUCCCAAUAACUACUGGGGCUGGGGAGGAGAAGACGAUGACAUCUUUAACAGGCUGGUAUUUCGAGGCAUGAAAAUAUCAAGGCCGAGCGGAGACAUCGGUAAAUGUAGAAUGAUUCGUCACUCAAGAGACAAGAAAAAUGAGCCAAACCCACAGAGAUUUAAGAGAAUUGCUCACACACGACAGACAAUGAAUACGGAUGGCAUCAAGUCACUCAGUUACAAAGUGGUAGAUAUAGAUAUAGACCUGCUCUACACCCAAAUCACAGUGGAUAUCGGCAAGCCAUGAAGACUCUAUAGAGCUCACAAAAAAACGGUUAGCUCACUGCAACCUUUCAGAGAUCUUUAAACUGCACAUCUGACUCUGAAUCGGUUCAACCUCGUGAACAACAAAGAAAAUACUGUUGGAAAAACUACGUCUGAAUGAAAGAGACAUUCUUCUGAAGGGCACACUAAGUGAAAGAACAAGUGAAUUGUAAUUUUUUACAUUAUAUGCCUGUUAAUUGUCUGUUUCAGACCUUAAUGAACAUUAUUUUUUGUAAAGCUUCCAUGCAAAGCAGCCUCUAAAAAAUUAUGUUUCAGGGAACAACUGACUACUGUGUACUCCAGUUCAAACCUGCACACUCAAACAAAACACUUUACAGAGUUUUUAAGAGAAGACAGUUCAAUAAGUAGACUGACUUUACAUUAGUGCCCUGUGGUAAAUACUCAGGCUCUGAGUAUUAUUAAAGGAAUAGUUCACCCAAAAAAUUAUAAUUCCGUCAUUUACUCACCCUCAUGUUGUCACAAACCUGUACGAGUUUCCUC